UCCCCCCUCCCCGGUCAGUAUUACUAGAUUCUGCCAAGCAUCGUCACCUGCCUGUCUGUAAGAAUAUCAAAAGGCAAAGUAUGCUGACGUGUCAUUAACACACUUAUUCAGUUUCAAACAGUAGUCUGUCUUUAGAGAGAAAUAUGUUGGAAUCUUAGGGCUAAAUUCAGUUCAAUUGAGGUCUCUAAGUCAGUUCUCUCUUGAUGCGAAGAACGAUAACUCCUUUACUUAAUGUAACCUUCAGAUUCAAGAAGACCUGCGUGUUUCACCUUAAUCUAAGGAUUUAGACGUGCCUCUAUUCAAUACAUGUCAGUAUUUCGUUAAUUAGUAUUACAGCCCCAUAUUUCCGGAGAUGGAAAAAUACAGCUUUUGAGUAUGAAACACAGAAGCAACACAGCUGCUUCCUAAGCAACAUGUCUGCAAAAUAUGCCUGCAUAUUUCACUGAUGUGUUUGAAAAGGCUGCUCUCCACCUAAGGCAGUUGUACGCUUGAAAAACACCUUUCGUUAAUGUCUCUUAGCGGUGGGCUUUUCUGAACAUUACCUGAGUGUUCAACUUCAUUGCAGUAUGGAAAUGGGCGAGUGAAAACCCUGUGCUGGUUUGAGUGCUGCAGUGUGAAAAAAAUGACCUUAGCUUGAGCGGCAAGGUUUUCAGCAGCCGGCAGGAAAUGAUGAAAUUGUGCUCAGAGAGAAUUUUGUUUGUGGAAGUGGAGGUCAGGCAGAGCUGUGCAGGUACUGCAGCUCCCUGUGCUGUUGUGCUGCUCAGCUCCAUGUCUGGGGAAAAGCAACUGAACUGAGGCAUGUCUUUUAAGGAACAGUCCAUACAGAAAUCAGUCUGAAAAUCCGGAGAGAGAAUCUGGGGAAUGGUUGUGUCCUUCCAACGGUUACUGACUUGACUAAUAUACAGUUUUGAAGGUGUUGAAGCUCUGAAUUCUUGCAAGCUCUCCAUACGUAGAAAUGUCUGGCUUAUACGAUGAUUCUGUUGGAGUAGAAGUUUCUAGUGAUAGCUUCUGGGAGGUUGGAAAUUACAAGCGGACAGUAAAGAGAAUCGAUGAUGGUCACAGACUUUGCAAUGAUCUCAUGAACUGUAUUCAUGAACGGGCACGGAUAGAGAAGGUCUAUGCUCAGCAACUUACAGAAUGGGCAAAGAGAUGGAAACAGCUUGUGGAAAAAGGCCCACAGUAUGGAACAGUAGAAAGGGCUUGGUGUGCUUUUAUGUCAGAAGCUGAAAAAGUGAGUGAACUACAUCUAGAAGUAAAAGGUUCACUGAUGAAUGAAGACUUUGAAAAAAUCAAGAACUGGCAGAAGGAAGCCUUUCAUAAGCAAAUGAUGGGAGGAUUUAAGGAAACCAAAGAAGCAGAAGAUGGAUUUAGGAAAGCUCAGAAACCCUGGGCAAAAAAGCUGAAAGAGGUGGAAGCUGCAAAGAAAGCAUAUCAUGCAGCCUGUAAAGAGGAGAAACUGGCUAUAUCUAGAGAGACAAAUAGCAAAGCUGAUCCAGCGUUGAAUCCUGAACAACUCAAGAAAUUACAAGACAAAGUGGAGAGAAGCAAACAAGAUGUACUAAAGACAAAAGAAAAGUAUGAAAAAUCACUGAAAGAAUUAGAUAAUGCCACUCCUCAGUACAUGGAAAACAUGGAGCAGGUAUUUGAACAGUGUCAGCAGUUUGAGGAAAAACGCUUACGUUUCUUUCGAGAAGUGUUGCUGGAAGUUCAGAAACACCUUGACUUGUCUAAUGCUGCAAGUUACAAAAAUAUCUACCGUGAACUGGAACAGAACAUAAAAACUGCAGAUGCUGUUGAAGACUUGCGGUGGUUCAGAGCUAAUCAAGGUCCAGGGAUGUCAAUGAAUUGGCCUCAGUUUGAGGAGUGGUCUGCAGAUCUGAAUCGCACUCUCAGCAGAAGAGAAAAGAAGAAAGCUUCUGAUGGAGUGACUCUGACCGGUAUUAAUCAGACAGGAGAUCAAGCUUCACAGCCUAACAAACAUAGCAGCAGUCUUAGUGUCCAGAGUAACACAGUGCAGUCAGUACAAUCAAGUUACAAUCCCUUUGAAGAUGAAGAAGAUACUGGGAGUACUGUCAGUGAAAAGGAGGACAAUAAGAUCAAAAACGUUAGCAGCUAUGAAAAAAACCAAAGCUACCCUACAGAUUGGUCUGAUGAAGAGUCCAACAAUCCCUUUUCUUCCACUGAUGCAAAUGGAGACACCAAUCCAUUUGAUGAAGAUGCUUCUCCUGCAAUGGAGGUGAGAGUGCGUGCACUCUAUGACUACGAGGGCCAAGAGCAAGAUGAACUCAGCUUUAAAGCAGGGGAUGAGUUAACUAAAAUGGAGAAUGAAGAUGAGCAGGGUUGGUGCAAAGGACGUCUGGACAACGGGCAAGUUGGUUUAUACCCAGCAAACUAUGUAGAACCAAUCCAGUGACAAAGGACAAAGUUAAUACAGAAGCAUUACAAAAGCUCUGCAGGCCUGUACAGUAUAUAUUUAAACCAAGAGGAAGUUGAAUGAUGUAUAGAGUGUAUAUAUUUUCAUGAAAAGGAGAGAAAGCUCAAUACUGAAAUUGUGGUGAUUUAAAGACAGAACAUAGAACUGAUUUCAUGUGGUUUUCACAGCUUGUGCACAAUGCAAAUGAAAGGAGUUAGGCGGAAAAAAUAGUGAUAGGAAAAAUACUUUCAAAGCUUUUUUCUUUCCACACGGUCUGUUAUUGUGACUCUUAAAUAUUUUUGCAUUUUCUAUGCUUGUGCCUCAUCCUACCCGAGGUAUGUGGCUUAUGCUGAGUUAUGUUUAAUCGGUUAUUUUAAGUGACCUUCAGUAACUUGCAACUUGAAUUUUUAAGAUUAUUCUAGUUAAUUUUCUAUUUGUUCUUAGCAAUGUCUGAAAGAUGCAGUAUUUUUUUAUUUAAAUGCUAUGUAGGUAAGCAUCUUUUUGUAUGCUUGAUCAUAUAAUACUUAAAUUAUGACAUAGAUUUAGUCAGCAGUUGACUGAAUGAAAACUCUUUCCAUGUUGUAGUAAUCUUUCAAUGUUGUCAGCAUGACUCGAAGUUGUAAAACAGAUAUUAUACGUAAUAGCUAUCUGUUACAGAAGGUUAUUUGUAACAGAGAUAUCUGCAGGUGUCAUGGGUUGGGAUUCUGUUAUGAAUGUUGUUUAUAUGGUUUGGCACUUAAAUGAGUUUUCAUUGUAGAUCUUAAGUAGCUCUGUAUAAACAAAGAGAUAAAUCAUACAUAAGCCCCAGAAUACUAUCUGUUUCCAGCACAAGUGUGCAGAAAAAAAAAAUCCUAACUGCUAAUGAUUUUUUUUUGUGAUUUGAAAUGUUAAAUCUGUGAAGACUGAUUUUUUUUUUUUGAACAGAGAUUGUAAAAUAGACUGAAAAUGCUUUUUAUUAAGAGGCUAUCUGUUGUGUAUAUGUACAUACAAUUUGAUAUUCCAAAAUAUAAAGAGCAUGGCUAUUAGUUAUCAAACCUUUUGAUGUGGAUAAGAUUUAGACUUAUAAGAGUUUAAAUUAUAGGUAUAUUUAAAUCUGCUUUCUUGCCAUAUUCAUUACUGUACUAUAGACAAAAUAUUCUGUGAUUAGGUUUUCAGAAGUACAGGAAACACACUAACAUACUCAAAAUCUGUAAUGUGGAUAAAUUUGUGGGUCAACAUAUAAACUAGCCUUAGUCCUUACAUGGAUUAUUGUAGCAGAACACUGUAAAAACUACAUUUGUUUGCAAUUACAACUCGGUUGUCUGUAACAGUGCCAAAUAGUUUGCAUUUGUGACAUUUAAAACUGGGUUGUAAAUUACAACAGAUUUGUGUUUAAAAAACAAUAAAAAUAAAAAUCAAGUAUCAGGUAAGUAGAUAUGCUACUUUAGGAAUCUACACUGUAAUGAAGCUAACAAAUCUAUUUUGAGGUAAUUAUUAAACACUGUUGGUAGUUUUGGAUUUUAUCAUUUGCUUUUCAAAUGUAUAGAUAUACUUAGUCAUAAUGUUCAAUGCAUUAAAAUGUGCAAGCUCUGAAAGUGGAUGUAUGUAUGUCAAGAAAAACAUAAUUAUUCAUUCACAAAAUGGUUACUAAAUCUGUCAGGAAUUACUGCCUUGGGUCUCUAUAUUGUAAUAUAUUUUAGAAAACAAUAAAAUCUGUUAAUCUCUUAAAUACACAGAAUGCACUUCAUCUUGCGAUGUAUGUAAAAAAUACUCUUAUGAAGCAAAUAGUACACCUGAUUGCAAUUCAAGAUGACAAAGUCUGUAUUAUCUGAAAGUCAUAAAGAUGGGCAUGCCAGCAGUUGCACUGUGCUGCUUAGGCAUAGUGCACAACAGCUCUUAGAUGCUGCAGCAAAAUGUUUGUGGAAGAAGAGAUUGAUGUCUUCUGUGGGUACGCUAAAUGUACUUACGAGAGCGCUUUCCAUGGUAUUGUCAAGUUUGAUACAGAUUGGAUAAACUAAGGUUUUUUUUGUUGUUGUUUGUUUUGUUUUUUAUUUUGUAAUAUCUGAGUCUCUUCUACCUUCUGUGAGAGAGGUCUUUUUCUUUUUUGGUGUUCUUUAUUGCUAACUGCUAGCAGUUAAGAUAGUCGUGUUUGUGAUUGUUAGCCAGAAGUUUGAUCAUGUCUCUCACAUCUAUAUUUUUUAAUCUAAAUAAUCCAGUUCUUUAUGCUGGGCAUCAAAUUUAGUAAUCAUAGAAUCUAAGUGGAAGCAACCAUAGGAGAUCUCUAGUCCAGUGGCUGAUCUAACAGUCAACUCCACAUUCAAACUAGGUUGCUCAAGUCUUGAGAGCUGGUCUGGAAAACUUCCAAAGGCUGUUUUUUCACCUUUCUGUUCAAGCAGUUACAAUGCUUAAUUAUCAUUAUAAUGAUAUUUUAUUCCACUGGAAUGGACUGCCCAGGGAGGUGGUGGAGUCACCGAGCCUGGGGGUGUUCAAGGAAAGGCUGGAUGUUGUGUUGAGGGACAUGGUUUAGUGGGAGCUAUUGGGAAUAGGUGAACGGUUGGACUGGAUGAUCUUUUAGGUCUUUUCCAACCUUGGUGAUUCUAUGAUUCUAUGAUUCUAUAAUGGUGUUCUUUCUCCCCUGGCUUUACCUGCAGUUGGAACCUGUGUCUUGUUCUGCUGUGCUUGAGCUUGUGCUUGAGCCUGCCGGUGUCUUGGUAGCCUCCAAAUUGCUGCUGGGAGGCUGCUUCUGGGACCCCAGAAUCAUUUCUUCUCCAGACUGAACAAAUUCUGUUUCCUCAGCCUCUCCUCACAGAGCAAGUGUUGUAUCCCCCCCUCAGUAUGGCAAGUCUUUUUGGGGAAAAAAUAGUAGGCUAUUUUCUUAGACAAUGUGUAAAGACCAGCAAUUCCUUAUGUGUAGUCCAAAGCAAUAUUGACAUUCUUCUUCAUUUGUUGCCUUUGUUGAGACUCUGAGAACUUGUCACCAAAACUUUAGCACGUUUUUUCCUCAGACUGCUAAUUUACUUGCAUCUAUAAUUUUAUAUUGUUGCCUACAAAUUUGGUGUACGUAUAUAGAGUGUAAAAGCAAAGAUACACUCUCAAUAUAACCACAUUGUAGCUUGUAAUAUCUUGGUAUAACAAUCCAAUCCAUUGCUAUUAUCUCUUGUUGAGAUAUUUGUGGAGUUGGCCUGACAUGCUAAAACUCUUUUUGCCAUAGCUGACCUGAAUAUUUUUGUUCUGUUGUCUUUCUUCCAAUGAAGCCUUUAUUCAUAACACUUGCAAAGAAGAAAAUUAAAGCAGGCUUAAGAAUUGGUGAUAAGGAGAAACACUGAGUCUUGUAAGGGGAAACCACAGAUCUGACAUGAUCUUGGCAAUUAAAAAUAUAUAUAUAUAUAUAAAAAUAUAUUAUUGUAAAACAAAGGAGAAAAGGAAGAAAAUGGAAGAUGAUGUAAUGAAGGUUGGAUGUCGAGCAGCAAUAUCUCCUGUUCUCCUAGAGUCGCAUCUAUUAUUUUUAAAAAUUAACUCUGAGGUUACAUAAUCAUCCUGUAAUCUUUCUCCCACUUUUCUGGUUUGGCAAAGUUAGUCAUUUACCUCAGAAUAUCAUAGAGCUUGUUAACUGUGGUCACUUUGAAGGAAUCUACAGAGCCUGCUCCUGAUCUGUGAGAAUGAGUUAUUCCUGAUAACAUAGGAUACUUUCACCUACUGGUUUUGUUUGAAUUAUAAUGUAAAAAGCAAUUUCAGAGCAUAAGAAAGGUCAUGCAGUAAUUACUGCAGUAGACAAUCACUUCAGUGUGUUUGACAUCUAACAGUUUACCUGCUGAUGGUAAGCAUAUGUUGCUUUCAGCCUGCCUUACUUCCUUUCUCCUGUUAGAAAUACAGAUUCCUAGGGGAUCUGACAUCAAUCCUCUAGCACAAAGUUUCAAAAUACCACAGAGGGUUCUUGAACCCUCCAUUCAGAGAAUACCUUUGUAGACCAGAAGCUCUAUUGAGCGCUGUUCACAUUUCAGAGGGUGUAACAACCUCUGGUAGUAGGUUGGGUGAGAUCUGUGCCAGUAGCACAUUGUGGGUGCCUUGGGAAGAGCAUAGAAAUAGGACAGCAUGCAAUGAUGCUUCAGCCACAGUACUUCAAGCUGUCAGUGAUCUGUUUCUUUUGUUCUGUGAAAUAAGAAAAAGUUAUUUUGAACAUUCCGUUCAUUGCUUUGUCAACAACUGUUGUUCAUACAGAAGUAGACGAAGUAGGUCAGAAAAGUGAUCCUGUAAUUAGUUCCAGAAAGGCAACCAUUCUUUCUUGUAGCUAAUUGUGACCCCAUUAGAGAAGUGCAGACUUUUUAUUUUAUUUUUAAUAAAAAUUGUAUUUUUGUUUUGCAUUUGACUCUGAAAUUUACUUGCUGCUUUAUUACCUAGUUAGUGUUAUACAAGAUAUUUCUACUGUUUUUUUUUUGUUUGUUUGUUUUUUGUGUUUGUUUUUUUUUUUUACUUCUGUAAAUGUAGGUAGUUCCAUAAACCACUACCUUCCUAUUUACUGUUCUCACAGAUAAAUAUACAAAUUACAUGUUCAAGCAUGAGUCCUCUGGGCAACACACUGGCAACCUCCCACUGUUUGUUAUGGUGGUCAGUGACUAAUUUGUUAAAUGAUCAUUUCCUUAUUUCAUGGCAAUGAAUCUAGGUUUUUAUGAGGGAGAUUGACAAGAACGUUUUGAAAAUCCAGGUUACCUUUACUUCAGCUAGGUCACCUCUCUGCAUGACCCAUGAAGCUUUAACUCAAUGAAGUAGCAACUGUAUUAAUUGUGAAGUGAUUGUGUAUUAUGAUAUAGAUAUUUCUAGGAACCUGAAGCAGAAGAUGCAGAAAUUUGAUUGCCCUGCCAAAGAUUAAAUGCUAUCAUGUGGCCAACAUAGGUGGGUUUUGCAGUGGGAUGCUGCUUCUAAAUGUGACUUUGCAAGUCUCUUGCAUUCCUAAUGCAAACAGGUUUACAGAAGCACAACUGAAUAUUGUCUAUGCAGUGGACUUGUCUGAAAAUUAUAUUAUUGUAACUUUUUGGCUUUGUACUGGACAAUGCUGUUGAGAUGGACUACUUUCAAGAUUAGAAAGCUCCAAGAAACCUCACCUAUGUGACGAAGUGGUUAUGCUUCUUGAUGUUAUCAGUACAAACAAUACAUUAUUACUAAAUAAAAGUAUAUUAU